AUCACUAAAACAGGAAACAUAUGUGUUUUUAUUGUAUUUCUUACUUAAAACUUACUGCAGUUUAACAAAUCAGCUCGAAAAAUAUAGAAACUGUAAUUUCCAAAAAUAAUAAUGUGUGACAUGGAUGUACAGGCUACAUCAUUAUUUGUUAUUGAAAAUAAGAUCAUCAAAGGGCGUAAGCUAUGCUAUCCAGAAACACGGAAAAACCUUGGAGAAAUAUUUUAGGAUAAUUUGAAGAAAAAUCCUGAGUUUAUAGGACAAAUUGACUAUGAAACUGGAAAAACUUCCAAACAUAAAAAGUUAGCCGAGGAAAGCAUUCGUUGUGCAAUUUGGUUAAAAAAGCAAGGCAUUGAAUCCGGUGAUGUUGUUGCAAUUUGCUCUGAAAAUAAUAUUGCAUCAUGGGCUCCCGUUUGCGCAGUUUUUUACCUGGGUGCAAAUUUAAAUCCUUGGUACUAUGACUGGCCAUCUGACACAUUUAGGUAUCUUCUCAAUUUAACAAAACCGAAAAUUGUGUUUGCGAAUGAAAAAAUGGGUAGGUUGCUCAAUAAAAUAAUUGAAGAGAAGAAUAUUGAUAUGAAGAUUGUAAUUUUUGGCAAAGUUGACGGACUCCUGCCUUUCGACGAUAUCAUAAAUGAUCAGAGUCCAGACGAAGUUGAACAAUUCGAAUGUCGGUCUGCAAAUCCUCAUGAUGAUUGUGUCGUUUUAUUUACAUCAGGCAGUACCGGCGGUUUGCCUAAAGGUGUACAACAUACCUACGAAGGAAUAUUCUACAUCUGCUACACAUUUAAUACUUCAUUUAGCAAGAUAGAAGGAAUGGCUUCAAUGUGUCCUUCACCCAUGUAUUAGAUAACUGCAGUAUUACAUAUGUUCCGAUGUUUAUCAACCAUUUCUUCUGCGAUUAUUAUGAGAGACUCGACCUCUGACAAACUCUGCAGAACCAUUGAAAAAUAUAAAAUCAGCUGGCUGUUAUUGGCUACAGAUAUAGUAAACGCUCUUUCUGAAUCCCAAGUUAUAGAAAAAUAUGAUUUACCUUCUGUGAAAACUCUAGUUUUCGGAGGGUCAAAACCAAGAGUGGAAGUUAUGAAGAAUAUUAAUCAUGCGUUGGUAAAUGCCACAAUAACCCCAAUGUAUGGAUCUACAGAAUUAGGAACCACCAUAGUACAAUUCUACGACGAAAAAGAAAACAUCUAUUACAAUUCAGGUGGUAUAGUUCUACCUGAUGUGGAAAUGAAGGUUGUAGAUGUUAACACUGGAGAAAUAUUAGGCCCAAAUCAGAAGGGCGAACUGCACUUUAAAGCCAAAGGGAUGAUAAAACGUUACUUCAAAAAUCCAAAAACAACUGAAGAAGUUAUAGAUUCUGAUGGGUGGUUUCACACUAAAGAUUUAGGAUAUUACGAUAAAAAAGGCUAUGUUUAUUACGUGUGUAGAAUAAAUGAUAUUAUAAAAUUCAGAGGACACCAAAUUUCACCUCUAGAAAUUGAAGAAGUUCUUUUGAAACAUCCUGACAUAAUAGAAGCUGCUGUAGUAUCAGUUCCACAUGCUUUGGAUACAGAACAUCCUAUUGCGUUUGUCGUGAAAACGCAAAAUUCAGAGGUAUCAAAAGAAGAGCUGUUAGAAUUGACUUCGGUUCUUGAUGAUACUAAAAAACUUCGAGGAGGAAUAGUAUUUCUUGAAAAAUUACCAAAGUUACCAACAGGAAAAGUCCAGAAAAACAAACUUAAAGAAAUGGCAAAGCUUGAUCAGAAAUUAAUGUAAAUAAGAGCUUCUCUUCCAUUUGUAACGAUGCAAGCUGUACCCAGAACAAUUCGAUUGUGAAGAUAUUGCAGAUAAAGAAGUCGGCGGCCGCCUUGAAGGCGCAGGAUAUAUAAUCGCGAAACGGAAAAAUUGAUAUACAAGCUCAUCUGCACAUGGUCAAUUCUCCACAGACAUGGCAAUUUGAUGUCCAU